AUGGCCGCCAUAAUGCCCAACUUCAUUACCCGGCUCAUGCGCCCCUUCUCGACAUCAACCUCCCUCCGCUUAAACCCGGAUGCAUCCGCCUCAAUCUCCAGCCCCGAAGGCGCCGAGAAAGCCACCAUCGCAGCCGGCUGCUUCUGGGGCGUCGAGCACAUGUACCGCAAAGAAUUCAAGUCAAAAGGCCUCUACGACGCGCGGGUGGGAUAUAUCGGGGGAAACACAAACUCGCCUUCCUACCGGGCUGUCUGCUCUGGCCGUACAGGACACGCGGAGGCUCUGCAGGUGACUUAUGAUCCUGCAAAGGUCACUUACCGGGAACUGCUAGAGUACUUUUACAAGAUGCACGAUCCUACGACAGCGAAUCGGCAGGGACCAGAUGCCGGAAGUCAGUACCGUAGUGGAAUUUUCUAUCAUGGCGAGGAGCAGGAGAAGGUAGCGCGGGAAGUGACGAAGGCUGUCAAUGAGAAAUGGUGGAAGGGGAAAGUGGUUACGGAAAUCCUGCCUGCUGGGGAGUGGUGGGAUGCCGAGGACUACCAUCAGAAGUAUUUGGAUGUAAACCCGGGAGGAUAUGAGUGUCCUAGUCAUUUCUUAAGGAGUUUCCCCCCUUUGGAAUAG